CAAGGUUCUGUGUCCAUAAUUUAUUAGUCGACUUGGAUAAAUAAUCGAUUACUUUCCCAUCGGAUAUUAUUACCAACGGAACACAACUACUAAUCGAAUACAUGUGUAUGGAGGAUUAUACUACACGGGAUUAUCGAAUAUGAAUGUAUUGUGACAACUUUAUAGUAAAAGUAUCGAAUAUUCAUAUACUUUGAUGAUUACAUUAUGGAAGUAUCGAUUAUAUACCUACAAUCACGACUCCUACAUCAAAGUAUCGAAUAUUAAAUCAUUAAAACCACUACAUGAUGAAAACAUCGAACACCACCAUUCAACAUGAAAGUUGUCCGAUUAAAUCUGAGCUCGUUAAAUCGAACUUUGACCUUUGUUUUGCUCCUGAUGACUUUGACCACGACCGUCUACGUCCUACGGCUGGGCAUCACCUUCCAGCCGCUCUGCAGAGACGACUACCAGAACGUCGCGGGUUCGGCUCCCAACGGCACCGACCCCGCUCACUCCGAGAAGUACUCCCACCCCAAGUAUGACGUCAUACGCGAGUACCACUCCCGUGGGUUAGGAUUACGUCACAAGUUCAACUGCCGGAAGCUUUUCGAGGAUGAUGAGCACGAGCAUGAGAAAGCCUCCAUGUACAAGACCGCUCACGAGAAAACUUUCACCACAUUCCCCGACAACAAGGCUCCGAGCCUGCUCAAGGACUGCGAGGCGUUUAAGCACAUCCGAGGGUACAGGAACGAAACCGGGUCGGAAGAGGAGCAGCGGUUUCCCCUGGCGUACGUUGUGCUGGUACAUCGGGACUUUGAGCACCUGGAGAGGUUGUUGAGGAGUUUGUACAUGCCGCAACAUUCCUUCUGCAUUCACGUGGAUGCCAAAUCUCCAGAGUCCCUGAAGACUGCCGCCCACGCCCUGGCUGAAUGUUUCCCCAACGUCGCACUGGUAUCCGAACCCCAGACCAUCAUCUACGCUCACAUGACACGGCUGAUGGCGGACAUCGUCUGCAUGAGGGAUCUACUCGAGCUGGACCAGAAGUGGAAAUACCUGAUCAACUACGCCGCCACAGAAUUCCCACUCCGUUCAAAUCUUGAAACGGUGCAAAUUUUAAAAUCCCUGAAAGGUCGAAACGACAUUCACGAAUCUUACAAGGCCCGGAUACCGGAGCGCUAUAAAUGGGAAUAUGCAGUGGUCAACGGCCGGAUGAAAGCCACCACAGUGACAUUGGCACCACCACCCCACAACAUCACCAUAACCAAAGGUCAAGCCUACAACACCUUCUCCAGAGAGUUCGUUGAGUGGGCGUUGACCGACCCCAAACCACGUGACUUGCUCAAGUGGAGCGAGAAGACGUACAGCCCGGAUGAGCACUACUGGGGGACCCUCAACAACCUCUACCACAACCCCUUUUUACACACCCCCGGGGGGUUCAAAGGUGAACCCGACAAAAAAGGCUACAUCACCAAGUUCAUCAGCUGGCAAUACAGCAACCCCAAGUUCAAAUGUCAAGGCCAGGUCAUCCACAGCAUCUGCGUCUUCUCGGCACGUGACCUUCCCACCAUGCUCUUCCAGAACCACAUCGGGGCCAACAAGUUUGACCUGACCUUUGACCCGGUGGCCUAUGCCUGUAUGGAGGAGUACCUGGAGAACAAAACGGCUUCGACCUUGCCCUUCAACCUUGCCUUCUACAAGAGACUCUACUUUGUCCACAUGAACAGUUCACACAGCGGCCUGACCUCGAGUUGACCCCGGGCUGACCUUGGCCUGACCUCUAGUUGACCCCGGGCUGACCUCGGUCUGACCUCGAGUUGACCCAAGAUCGACCUUGAAUUAACAAUUGGAGCCAGAGUCGACCUCUGAGUCCUAGUUGAUCUUGAGGUGACCUCACGAUGACCUCACGAUGACCUCGAGAUGACCUUCUGUUGACCCAUAGUUGACCCACUGUGCAUGCUUAGCUAAACGCUAUGCCAGUAAAUGUCUCUUAUUGUUCCCAAACGCUAAAGACCCUGUGAAGUAUCCCAAGUAAAAAAUGCUCUAUCCUAACUACAGCCAUGUUGUUUCCUAGCAAUAGUGCAUUGUAUCCUAAUUACAACUUGUAUCCUAAUUACAACUUGUACUAUAAUUACAACAUGAAUCUUAAUUACCACCUGUUCUAUACUAAUUACCAUAUGAAGCCUAAUUAACAUCUGUUGUAUCCUAAUACCAUGUUGUAUUUUAAUUACCAUCUGUUGUAUCCUAAUUACAACAUGCAUCCUAAUUACAACUUGUAUUCUAAUUACAACAUGAAUCUUAAUUACCACCUGUUGUUAACUAAUUGCAAUAUGAAGCCUAAUUAACAUCUGUUGUAUCCUUAUUACCACCUGUUGCUGCUAAACCCAAGAGUACAUCUAUGUUGAUCCUGAUUAAAACUUAAUUACAAACCAUCCUGUUCUGGAAACGCUAUAUGACAUUCCAUGUUUGACCUUUUCAAAGGUCAGCCAGACCUGUUACUCUUGUCUUAUCUACCCAAAGGUCACGCUAAGAGGGGAGGACUCUUCUAAUGACUCGCGUGUAGAUUAGAUUGGAAGAGUUACGGUCCCUGGGAUAGUCCAACAGUCCCCCACACAA